CAAUCCUCCGGGAAGAAGAGGAAGGUUGUCUCUGGCGGAGGAGGAGGAGGCAGGUUGGGUUUUUGCACCGAAGCCCGGUUCUCUCGCUCUCCCUCCGAUGGUGCCCUCCCGACUCCUGUCGCUUCACCGCCUGCUGCGUUGGCCAUCCCUGGCCGCUGCCUACUCGGCAGGGGGCGGCCCUUCCAUGGAGAAGCCGGUGGAGUCGGCCAUCCGGGCCAAGCUCCAAGAGGCCCUGCAGCCCGUCCACCUGGAAGUCAUUGACGACAGCCACAUGCACGCCGUGCCCCGGGGGGCCGAGACCCACUUCCGGGUGGUGGUGGCCAGCCGCUGCUUCGAGGGUCUUCCGCUCAUCCACCGCCACCGGCUGGUGAACGACAUCUUGCAAGAAGAGCUGGCCGGCCCCGUCCACGCCCUCUCCAUCCAAGCCAAGACCCCGCAGCAGUGGGAGAAGAACCCCGUGGUGGUCCAGAGCCCGGAGUGCCUUGGCGGAUCCAAGCAUGACCCGCACAUGGUGGGCAAAGUGGGAAAGCGGGACUAACGUCAGCCGGGGGAGGAUGGGGCUCGCAGGAGCCAUGGGGAGGGGCUGGGGGGGGCCCUGACCGCCUUGGCAGCUGGAACCGGUCUGCCGCUGCCACCCGAAAGCUUCGCCUCACUGCCGUCCCUUGGAGGAAUGUUUCCUGGCCAGCGGUCUUUGCUCGGCUGGCUUUGCUCCUGCGGGCUCUCUCGUUUCUCUCGCAGGAAGGGGCUUGGGCUUCCUCAAGAAGAGAUCGGGGUUUUGUGUUCUCCAAAGCAAAUUAAACAUCUCUGUCUCAUUAAAA